GGCUGAUUGAAAAGGAAUAAAGUGAUGCUAGUAUAUUAUGUUGUGUCAGGUAUAAAGUCACGUUGUUUAUCCGUUAAUUCUGGCUCAUGCUUUCUUGGUCUAUAAUCAUUAGUCUCUUGAUUAAUGCCAACAUAAUAUUAUUGAAUGCUUUUCCAGUCAGAGAUACACCUCCACAACUGUUUGGUUUGAUGUAUGCUGAAGAAACCAAAAGCUCACGAGAACGAUACCAGCUUAAACAUGAUGAAACAAAUCCGAACUCUUCAAUGUAUAUUUAUGAUUACCAUAAUGAAGGAGAUGCUAUAUAUGUGGUAAUCAGUAUUUCUAAAAAGGACUUGGAGUUUGUAGACAAUUAUCAGAUCAAACCUGUUAUAUGCUUAAUCAGCUACAGCAGUCAUGUGCCUUUAGCUUUAUCCUAUGACUUGGAUUUUACGUUAUCCGCAGAGCUUGUUAAUCAAUCGUGGUAUUGGUUACCACCUUCAUUAAAUGCGAGUACAAAUAUAUCAGUUUAUAUAUUACCAAAAUUAGUGGGACUAGACUAUUUGGUAUUUUGGAUUCGUCAAGCGAAACCAAAGCAUGGAUAUAUUAGUCCUACUCCUUGGUUUGCCAAUAAUUCUGAGACCCUCAGGAAGCAAUAUUUCGACAGUUUAGUAAUUGACUAUCGACUCAAUGUCUCUUUAUAUAAUAACCAGGAUUAUAAUGAUGACAACAAUAAAAACAACACAAUGGGUUUUCCCGUAAUUGUUACUGCAGAUAAAGGCAUUGGUCAUCUAGUUUUCCGUAUCAUCGUCAUAAUCAUGGUGACUGUAUUCACAUUCACAAUGGGGUGUGAUUUGGAAGUUCCUUUGAUCCUGCAUCAUUUCAAAAAACCCAUUUCUGUAUCAAUUGGGUUCUUUUGUCAAUUUUUUUUUAUGCCAUUGAUUGCGUUUGGUAUCGCAAAAAUUAUACCAAUUAGGUCGGAUUUUGGCUUUGGUUUACUUACUAUUGCUUGUUCUCCAGGUGGUGGUGCCAGUAAUGGUUGGUGUCUUCUACUCGGAGGUGAUAUUAACUUGAGUAUAUUAAUGACAUUCAUUAGUAGUUUAUCGGCUCUUUUCAUGAUGCCUUUUCUUCUAUUCAUCUACGGUCGAUUCUUCAUUGAUGUGACCAAAAUAAAAAUUCCAUACGUCAAUAUUGUCUUCCAGUUAUUACAAGUAGCUAUACCCGCAUUAAUGGGUUUAGGUCUACGUAUAUGGAAACCGAAAUUGGCUGUUAAAUGCACAAAGUUAACACGUCCAUUAUUUUAUGUAUUCAUAGUAUUCUUUUUAACUAUUGGUGUGUACAUUAACUGGUCCUUAACUCGUCUAUUAGGUGUAUAUCCUUUACUUAUUCUUACAAGUGCAUUAUUACCUUGGCUUGGCUUUUGUAUAGCAUCAUUAUUUACAUUAAUUCUACGACAAUCAUGUAAAUUAGUUAUUACAGUGGCCUUAGAGACUGGUAUACAAAAUAUUGGUGUUGGAAUACUUGUUUUAUUGUAUACAAUGCCAAAACCAAUUGGUGAAUUAGGUGCUAUCAUGCCAAUUACUGUAGCUAUACUUACACCUAUUCCUUUGUGCCUAAUAUAUUUAGGCUUAGUAAUCAAGCGUAAAUGUUUUGACCAUCAGAAUGAGCCUGUUAUUCAUGAUCCUUGUGAAAUUGAACCCCUCAGUACCACGAAAAUAAGUAGUAAAUGCAGUAAUGACAUUAUGAACCCACCAACUGAUACCAUUAAAUCACCGACACAAGUAUCGUUAACAGAUACAACUGUUACCAUAAACACCCCUGUCCCUCAUGAACGUAUGUAAUAGAACUCGUGUAAAGCCAGGUUGGUGGUGUAUUUCUCACUGCCUUCUAUUUUUGAAUAGCAAUAAUUUUGUAGUGUGAUAAUAUGCAAAUCUUUUUAGUUUUCUAUAGAACCAUUUCAGUUUUAAAUUGAACUCUUCUCAAUUCAUCUAUCAUUGAUCUUAUCAAACACGGUAUCUUAUUUUCCUCGUUUUAAAAAAUGUAAUCAGAUUUCAGGAAAUAGAAGAAUCAUUUUUACCUACACAAAUAUAGACGUAAUUUAAGUAUCUUGACAAUGAGUUUCUUUUUUUUUGAAUUUCAAAAUAUUCAAUUUUACUUGUUUUCUCUGAUUUAUUGUCCUACCCUUAGUUUUGUGAUAAAUGUUCUCUUUUCGUAGAAUAAGAUUCUGUUUUAGUCAAGUUCAGUGAAAAAAAUAAUAAAAACUUCCCAACUGUGAAAGUCAAAACCUUAAUUUAUCCAUCAUGAACAGUAGCAAAUAAAUGUAAAGAGAAUAAAUGGAACAUACUUAAUGACUUAUUAAAAAUAAUGAAGACAAUUCAGCAAAGAAAAUUUUCUUUUGGGCAUUAUUGUCUUAUUGAACGAUCCAGUUGUAUUUAUAAAAACGUCUUUUUUUUUACAUUUGGUAAUCGUAAAACAGACGAAUGUUACUAAAUUAUCAAAAAUGAUUAAUUUUAUUCAAACACUGACUGGAAAAGCCUAUGAAACUGAAAGGUGUUUCAUCAUUUAACAAAGAAAUCAGAGAUUAUCGAGAGAUUUUGAAUAUUGAAUAUGAUUGUAUAUAUUAACAAAAGGGUUAGAAUUUCAUUAGAAAAAUUGUCAAGGAUAAAUUGCGGCUAUGGACAAGUUUACUUCAUUUGGUGGUGCAGGUUAUGUUAGCCGUAUGUAUAGUAAUAGAGUAGUGAUCUUCCACCAUACGAGCUAAAUCACGAUGAAUAUAGUGCUCUUUUUCCAAAUAAGCCAUUCCAUUAGCAAUCUAUUAUGAUAAAGAAUAAAGACAAAACAGAAAACAGAUUAGGUAAUUAGAAAUGCAUAGUAAAUUGAUCCACACACGGAAUCAUCAGCACUGGAGGAUUGGUGUCUGAUAAAAUCUCAGCACACAUUCGAAAAGCCAGAUAGAUUUACGCCAACUCUCGAUACUUGUGACGCAAGUUAGACAACCGUCUACCAACUAGUUCCUGAGUAUAGUGUGCAGAAUUCCUCACUGUAUUACUCUAUGCCUGUGAAACUAACUAAGGUAGUAAAGGUUGUGAGCACACUGCGACAUUUUAAUUAUACUUACAUUCAAAGCGCUCUUCCUGAAUAUUGGGAUAAUGGAGUAGGUGAUUACCAGAUUAGACGCAAGGUACUGGGUGAAUAUGGUACAUCAACUGACAAUGUAGUGAAUAUUGAUUGACUGAGGAACAUGAGUUGAGUAUCCCCAAAUACCGUCCAUCUGGACAGGCGGUGUUUGCAGCUGUAGCCAUAAGUUGAAAGGAGUUUAAUGUUUGUUGAACUAAAACGAGACGUCUGUCCGUGAAGUCACCAACUAAUGGUCUAAGCUAUGUAGUUAAUUGAAGACUACCUGUUUGAAUUCGCUUUCAGUAACCACUAUCAGUGCUUGCAGACGUUAGGGGGCAUGAUCAAGUAUUGGUAAAUGUAGGGGGAAUGUAUUCGUUUUAUCUUCUCUUCCAUCUUGAGUUUUAAAAUUGUCCUAUACUUUCUAUUCCGCGGAUUUCGUAAAUUACAUUAUCCAUACUUUAUCUUUUCUACUACCACCGAUACUUUGACCACUUCUAAUACUCUGAUAUUUGUUUUCAUAACUUCAUUCCAUUACAUUCAUAUGGUGUGGCAACUUAAACUGAUACACAAAUUAGUGAGAACGGAGUAAACCAACGAUAUGAAUUAUGUUUUACACUGACAACUAAUCACAAUUUGUCUAAACGUUGACAUAAUUCAACUUACCAACAAAUAUUUAAUCUAGUAAUUGUCUCAUAGUCAAAGUAUCACAACUAAUUAACACUGAUUACUGAAUUAUAGUGCCUGACCAUUUUUAACAACUUAUGAAGAGAUUAUAUACAUAACUUAUUAUGUAAGUAUAUGGGAAGUGGUACCACAUUAGUGGGCACCAACAAUGUUCAGUUCUUUGUCAUUAGUUCGACUAAAAGUCUGUCCUCACCCACUUAUUUUUCAAUCUGUGUUGAAAACAAUGAAAUAACAACUCUCAACAAACAGGAAACUGAUAUGUCUGGUGAAAGUGAACUGUAACUUGUUAAUGACUGCAAAAAGACACAUAUAUGUGAACUGAAAUAUGUCUGUAAAUGUGUGGUAUUUGGAUGAAUUGAUGAUUCCUUUGUACUUCUUGAAUGCUUGAUUUCGAUUUACAAAUACAGUACAUUCGUUUGUGGU